UAAUCUUGCUUCUGUCAAAAUUUGAAACCUAACAUAUCAAAAUUACAGUUAUUGUGAUACGACGUCGUUUUUCAUCUCAUGGAGAUCGGCGAACCAUCAUGCAUCAUUGUAGCCGAGUUGCCCACGCUACGGGAACUUUUUCAGCUCGAAGACGACGCACGGAGGGAAGCCACCGGCGACGACAGUAUCACGACAGAGUUUCACACGCCUGACAGAACUGAUUCCAGCACUGAGCCAGCUCGCUCGGUGCCUUUCCUGCUCUCGUUUAGUAAUCUCACGUACAGUGUGAAGGUCCGCCGGAAAACGAACUUCUCAAUGCUGUUUUCGCGAUCAAGAAAUAACCAUCUCGGAGCACCAGACACUAAGACUCUUUUGAAUGAUAUCUCCGGCGAGGCUCGCGACGGUGAGAUUCUUGCCAUUAUAGGUGCCAGUGGAUCGGGGAAAUCGACUCUGAUUGAUGCCUUGGCCAACCGAAUAGCCAAAGGAAGCUUGAAAGGGAGCGUGAAAUUGAACGGCGAGGCCUUAGAAUCACGGCUUCUGAAAUCGAUUUCAGCUUAUGUAAUGCAAGACGACCUUCUCUUUCCGAUGCUCACGGUGGAAGAGACUCUGAUGUUCGCAGCUGAAUUCCGAUUACCACACAGGCUCUCUAAAUCCAAGAAGAAGAAGCGAGUACAAGCUCUAAUCGACCAGCUCGAUCUCAGAAACGCUGCGAAAACCAUCAUCGGCGAUGAAGGUCACCGUGGGGUAUCCGGCGGCGAACGACGCCGCGUCUCAAUCGGCAUUGAUAUAAUCCACGAUCCAAUCAUAUUGUUCCUCGAUGAACCUACAUCAGGACUGGAUUCGACGAGCGCAUUCACGGUGGUGAAGAUCUUGCAGAAAAUCGCACAAACCGGAAGCAUCGUCGUCACGUCGAUCCACCAACCAAGUUCACGAAUACUUGGUCUUGUGGAUAGAAUGAUCUUCUUGUCUCACGGAGAAAUCAUGUUCAAUGGUUCACCGACGCAACUUCCACUCUUCUUCGCUGAAUUUGAACACCCAAUACCAGAAAAUGAGAACCAGACCGAGUUUGCAUUGGACCUAAUUCGCGAGCUAGAAGAAGGGUCAUCUAGUGGAACUCAUAGAUUGGUGGAGUUUAACAAAUCGUGGCAGAUCAAGAAGCAAACGGGAAGCAAUAGCACAGAAGGUGAAUAUCACCAUGGAUUAUCAUUGAAAGAAGCGAUCAAGACAAGCAUCUCGAGGGGAAAACUAGUGUCAGGAAUCACAAAGAGGACUGAUAGUGAUAAUAAUAACGCAAUAAUAAGAUCAACUUCAAAGGUACCAACAUUUGCGAACCCAUUGUUGAUUGAAGUAGCAAAGCUCUCAAUAAGAUCAUGCACCAAUUCACGAAGAGUUCCUGAAGUAUUCAGAACUCGAUUGGCUAUCGUUUUGAUUACUGGCUCUCUUCUAGCCUCAGUGUUUUGGCAUUUAGAUGACUCUCCAAAAGGGGCUCAAGAAAGACUUAGCUUCUUCGCUUUUGCCAUGUCUUCAACCUUCUACACAACAGCAGAAGCACUCCCUGUGUUCCUCCAAGAUCGAUACAUUUUCAUGAAAGAAACUUCUCACAACACUUAUCGUAUAUCCUCUUACAUCGUUUCUCACGCUCUUGUAUCACUGCCUUCAUUGCUUGUCCUCUCUUUAGCUUUCGCAGCGACGACGUUUUGGGCUGUUGGGCUUGAAGGAGGAUGGUUCGGCUUCUUGUUCUAUUUCCUCUUCAUACUUGCCUCUUUCUGGGCAGGUAACUCAUUCGUGAGCUUCCUCUCCGGCGUGCUACCCCACGUGAUGGUAGGGUACACGAUAGUGGUGAAAUCAUUGGCUUAUUUCUUGCUCUUCAGUGGAUUCUUCAUUAACAGAGACAGAAUUCCAGUUUAUUGGAUCUGGUUUCACUACUUGUCUUUGGUGAAAUACCCAUAUGAAGCUGUGAUGCAGAACGAGUUUGAAGAUGACUCAUCAGCGCAUCAUUGCUUUGUGAAAGGAGUGCAGGUUUUCGAUAAUUCGCCGGCGCUCGGUGAGUUGCCGGAAUCCAUGAAACUGAAGUUGUUGGAGAGCUUGAGUAAAACGUUGGGGAUGAACAUCACGAGCUCAACGUGCUUGACCACUGGUUCUGAUAUAUUGCAGCAGAAUGGGAUUACACAGCUGAGCAAGUGGAAUUGUUUGUGGGUAACUGUGGGUUGGGGAUUUUUGUUUAGGGCUUUGUUUUACUUGUCGUUGUUGCUGGCGAGCAAAAACAAGAGGAGGUAGUGAUGACAUUUUUUUUUUUUUUGGUGGCCAGGUGAUGACUUGGUUGCUUGGGAAAUUUAAGUAAGCUUACAAUAGUUAUGUAUUCGUUUGUACAUUUUAUGGUUUGAUAUUCUUUCAUUUUUUUUUUUGGGGGUACUCUUGUCAUAACGCAUAUGGUGUUGACAAAUUGUUUGAAGCAUAUACAGAGUAAUUGAUGCA